AUGCUGGCUGUGCUGAUGCUGGGACUAGCCUAUGCGAUCUGGUUUGACUACAAGCGACAAUCCGACCCCGAGUUCCGGAGAGCCCUGAAGAGGGACAACCGACGACUGGCUCGCGCCGUCAAGGAAGAGGCCGAGGCACAAGGGGCCAAGCAGCGGGAAGCCAUCAAGAAGGCGGUCGCCCAGGCCAAGGAAGAGGGAUUCCCCACUGACCUCGAGGAGAAGGAGGCCUACUUCAUGGGCCAAGUCGCCAAGGGCGAGUCUCUGUGUGCGGAUGGAUCCAACAAUAUCGAAGCCGCUCUGGCGUUCUACAAGGCGCUGAAGGUCUACCCGCAACCCAAGGACUUGAUCUCGAUAUACGACAAGACGGUGCCGAAAGACGUGCUGGAGAUUCUGGCGGAGAUGGUGGCCCUGGACAGCGGCCUGAAGCUGGGCACGUUUACCGGCGGCGAGAGCAGCGUUGACAGCCACGGGGUGGAGUGA